AUGGUUUUAGGAAAGAAAAAGUCUCUUACGGCACAACUAGCCGAAUUAUCAAACCCUACACCAAUAGAUAUUGAUCCGGAAGAAUUUGGGGAAACCUAUCAUACAUAUGGGUUUGAUCAGAGCGAUGAAGAAAAUGAGGAAGUAGAAAGGGAUGUAGGAAGAGAACAUUAUGUUGCAGUUGGAAAGAGUUCUCUUCGUCGUAACUUAUUCAUUUUAGAUGAUCCAAAGUAUGUUGGAAAACGUAGUAGUAGGAAGGAUAUAUUUGAAAAUUAUUCCAAUGAUGAGGAUGAUGAGGAUGCUGAGCAAAGUUCUGAGGUUGAAGAUGAGAGCGAUAAAAUAGACAAUAAAAUUGGUGAUAAACAUAAUAAUGGAAUUGAGUUACAUGAGAAUGAAAAUAUAGGAAACAAUGAUAAAAUAUCUCCUUCUGAUGAGGGAAGCGAGGAAAGUGAAGAUCAAGAAUCCAACUUUGAAAAUAAAGAUGGUGACGAAAACAGUUUAUCUGUUCAAGAAGAAUUAAGGAAAAUUGAAGAGGAAGAACGAAAUUUAUUACAUAAAAUGAAACAAAAUGCCCAAGAAGAUGUAACUAAAGGACAGCAUGUUAAGACACAACUUGGACUUUGGGAUACAUUUCUAGACACUCGAAUUCGUCUUCAAAAGGCUGUGUCUAUUGCUAAUUCUUUCCCUCAAAGUGAUGUUUAUUCGGAAUUUCUUACACCAGAAUCGGAGUUAGCUAUUCAAGAAACACGAACAGAAUUAAGGGAACUUGUAGAUUCUCUUAUAGAUUUAAGAAAAGAUUUGUGUCAUGAGAAUAACAACAUUAAAGAAAUUUCAGAAAACGUUAUGAAUAGUCGUAAACAUCAUCUUGAUGAUCAUAAUUAUACUGAAUACUUGUGGAAAGACAUGAAAGAAUUAUAUGAUCAUUUUUUACCUUAUCGUACACAAACUAUUGAUAAAUGGAGCAAUAAAGUACAAAUUGCUUCGGGGAUAUCGCUUAAUAAAAGAUUCAAAGCUAUUAAUCAAGGUGUAAAUACGCAAAUUGAACAAAUUUUACAUGAUAAAGAAAGAUUGACUAAAAGGACUCAAUUAAAAAGGAAUUCUGAUAAAAUAUUGGGAAAGAAAGAACACGACAUAGAGGAUCCUGAUAAAGAUGUAAAAAAACAUGAUAAACACCUUUCAAAUUACGAUGUUGAAAUAUUUGAUGAUACUGAUUUUUAUCAACAACUUUUGAGAGAACUUAUAGAAAGUCGCAUGAUUGAUACAGAUGAUCCAAUUUCACUUGGAAUGCAAUGGGCAGCAAUUAGACAAACAAAACAAAAGAAAAAACAGGUUGAUACCAAAGCAAGUAAGGGGAGAAGAUUAAGAUAUCACGUUCACGAAAAAUUACAAAAUUUCAUGGUACCAAUUCCAGAUGGUAACUGGCAUGAAGAUAUGAUUGAUGAAUUAUACUCCUCUUUAUUAGGUAAAAAAUAUGAUAAUAAUUUAGAAUCAAGUGAAAAUGAAAAUGAAAAUGAAACUAUUUCAAAGACAAAAGAACAAAAAGAAUGUACAAUUGAACCUGAUUUAAAUAGGUUAAGAAUUUUUGGGUAG